AAUUUUAGGUUAUGUUUAUUGCAUUAAACAAAUUAACAAAAAAUCAUAUAAUAAUAAACAAACAUUAAACUCAUUGACCUAUAUAUUAAACAAUGGCGUUAAACUACAAGUUGUCCGAAACCUCUAGGAAAACAACAGGAACUUCACUAAGAAAACAACUUCAUGUAAAAGAAAGAUUGUGUUGCAAAUGUGGUUUUAAAACCAGAUUUCGAUACUAUAUGGAUUCCCAUAGAGAUUUUGUACAUGGUAAUGGUCCCACCAGCAAAGGAGCUGGCAAUAUUAUAAAAGAUGAUGAAAACAUAGUUCUGCUUCAUUAUGUGCGCAAACUACAAUUAUAUAAAUAUUAUGAAUCUGUGGACACUAUUCAAAAAGAAUUAACUAAUAAAUUGAUGGAUGUGAUGAGAAUAUUUAAAAAAGAAGGCUGUAAUAGGGGAUCUGUAGAGUUAGAAAAAUUCUUCCUAAACAUGAGAUAUGACUCCAUGUGGAGAUUUAAAAGUUAUUACAUUCAAAAAAGCGCGGCGAGACCCACAAAAGAAGAUUAUAUACUUGCAAAUUUAUUUCCCAAGUUUUAUGAGAGUGUAGGUUUCGAUAUGAGUCAAUUGAUGGCCGAUGCUAAAACAUAUUCAACGGAAAUAGUGGAAUAUUUAGGCCCCGUCGAAGAUCAAGAACGCCCUUCUAUAUUGGAGGAUACAUCAUCCUUAUGUCAUUUAAACGACGUAGAGCCUCAACCAAAUUUAAAGAGACCUUGUUCCGAGGAAGACGAAGGACCAGCAAAUAAAAUCACCAAAGAAGUCCACGAAGACGAAGAUGUUCGGCAUAAAAGAAUGUUGGAUAUAACACGAGGAAGAAACAACUAUGAAGCUGCCACAUCCGAAUCUUCAACAAAUGAUAAUAAUUCUUCAACAGAUGAUAUAAAUAAUGCACUUAAAGCUAAACUUCUGGUUGCAGAAAAGCAGUUGAAAGAGAAAGCUGAUGAGCUUGAACGCAAAAAUUUAGAAAUAUCAUAUUUGAAAGAGCUUCACAAGAAUCAAAAUAAUUCUUCAACAGAUGAAAUAAAUACACUUAAAGCUAAACUUCUGGUUGCAGAAAAGCAGUUGAGGGAGAAAGAUCAUGAGCUUGAUCGUAAAAAUUUAGAAAUUUCGUAUUUGAAAGAGCUUCACGCGAAUGAAUUAGAAAUAGAAAAAAUUAAACUUUUAUUUUAUUAAAUUGAACUUUAGUAUU